UUUUGAUCCGUCCUUGAGAUUUUGUGUGCGUUAAGUGGUUUGCCCAGCAACAUGGGAUCAGCAGAAGAUAAAAAGUCAAUCAACUCAAUUGUCGUUAGGUACAUAGACAGUUAGACGAUCAACGAACUCCCAUGUUAAGCCUCGAUCAACUCAGGAGCACAUCAUCCACUAUAAGACCACUAAAGAAGCCUCUGAAAACGAGAAGUGCCAGAUGCACUAAUAGUCUCUAGGAUCGGGUAGAGCCCCACUUGCCUUGGGUCUGGUUCUUCAGGCACAUUGGACGGCCGUCGUCCCGCCCCUUUGGACAGCUCCAGGCGGGAGGAGUCCAGGCUGUCGGCGUGGUGUCCUUGUCAAAUUUCCCGCCCGUGACAACACCUCCAUGAUCACAUUGUCGACUCCCGCUCAACGUGAUCCCGGGUAGUUGAUGGAAUCAUCGUCAUCAUGGCUAUUCACUAUCUAAUCCUCCUCUCGCGCCAGGGCAAAGUGCGCCUGGCCAAAUGGUUCACCACUCUGUCUCCCAAGGACAAGGCCAAGAUCGUCAAGGACGUUUCCCAGCUUGUCCUGGCUAGGAGGACUCGCAUGUGCAACUUUCUCGAAUACAAAGAUACCAAGAUUGUCUACCGCCGAUAUGCCUCGCUUUUCUUCAUCGCCGGAUGCUCCUCCGAGGACAACGAGCUGAUCACCCUCGAGAUCAUCCAUCGCUAUGUCGAGCAGAUGGACAAGUACUACGGCAACGUCUGCGAGCUCGACAUCAUUUUCUCCUUUACCAAAGCCUACUACAUCCUCGACGAGCUCCUGCUGGCGGGAGAGUUGCAGGAAAGCAGCAAGAAGAAUGUCCUACGAUGCAUAUCGCAACAAGACGCCUUAGAGGACAUGGAGGUCGAGGAUGAAGUCACAAAGAUCAUGUAAAGGCUGAUCAAGCUUUGUGGUGUCUUUUUCUCUCCAUCAUCACGACCGACCGAACCGGGUCCCCUCAAACACUUGCGAUUGCCAAUGGUCGACAUUUAUUUACCCCAACAGCAUACGCUAAUGCAUACCUUUACCUCCUGAUGCAGGAUUUGGAAGAAAUAAACAACGCACUCAAGCAGGCCGGGAUUCUCUGAAGCUGUGGUAGCGACCACAGUCCCUCCGAUAGGUGACGGCACCGGAUGGACAGACGAGAGGGGCGACCCGAAGCACGAGAGUACAGCAUAUGCAACCAGGGAGGACAAUAAUAAUCGCGCCGAGAGAAGGGGAAGCAGAGUGUGGUGUGGUGGCAGGAAGUCGGGGCUACAGUCACCCAUUAGGAGGGAGCAAACUCCCUUUCCUUAAUCAUAUAGAUAUGGGCAUUGUAGAUUAAUGAGCUGCCAAAACUGAGCCACUCGGAGACCGGAUACACCACUAGUGUCCUAAUCAUGGACGAUGAUGGGAGGAAACCAAGUGGAAUGCGUAUCCGGUACACUGGGCAUGGCCUCGGCGAUGUGCUUAAUGAUAACAACGAUUCAACGACGCGUUGCCAACACCGAUCCAUCUGUUCAUGACCUCACACAUCGGGUGUAUGCGCAGAAACAGAUCGAUUCGCUCGGGAGACGUUGGGGUGGCGUUACCUUGAUGCCCACCAAGGAAAGGUUUGUCCACAUCGACGUUGGAAGCAACGCUCGUGGAGGGUUGAGACGACUCUAUUCGUCAGGUGGUUGUGGUUGACAAUUAACAUUGAUGAGCAGCAUUCAGGCCGGGACACACAUUGACACACAGGAAGUGGAACGCACUGCGAUUACUGACUGGAGGCUUCCAGGCGGAACGGCGGAGGGGAGUGAGUGGGAAUGGAGACUUGGUGGUGACAAGGGAACGCCGAUCACUUAGGGGGUGCGACUCCACCCGACUCGAGGAGCCAGCGGCGCAUGACCGGGGUUUAGGCGGGUCGACCCCAGCAAUCCCCAGCGAGCCAAGGCCAACGUGGGCUGGCGCAAGCAGGCCACUCACCCGAAAGGCCACCCACCUGUUACUGUCAGCGUCAGCGAACCGGCUCUGG